AUGAUCGAUGCUCCCUCCACACCCCAAGAGCCGCCAUUGUUGGGGGGGGGAGGAGAAACACUUGUAGCGGCUGCAGAGGCUCCGCGGGAUGUUCAUUGGCAUUUGCGUCUCCUGCCAGCAUCGUAGGACCGGGACAGAACAAUCCCACGGGGCCUCUCCGGCUGCCUCUCCGGAAUGAGGCCUCGGUUCCCGCGUGGGACGGCCCCGUUUCUCCUCCUAGAGAGCCCAAGGAAAGGCCGAAGCUGAGACGAUGCCUGGGAAGCUGAAGGUGAAAAUCGUGGCCGGGCGCCAUUUGCCAGUGAUGGACCGAGCUAGUGACCUGACUGAUGCCUUCGUGGAGGUAAAAUUUGGUAAUACCACCUUUAAAACAGAUGUAUAUCUCAAGUCCCUCAACCCUCAGUGGAACUCGGAAUGGUUUAAAUUUGAGGUGGACGAUGAAGACUUACAAGAUGAACCCCUACAGAUCACCGUUCUUGACCAUGACACUUACAGUGCAAAUGAUGCCAUUGGUAAAGUGUACAUCGAUAUCGAUCCUUUACUCUAUAGUGAAGCUGCAACAGUCAUCUCAGGAUGGUUUCCAAUUUAUGAUACCAUACAUGGUAUCCGUGGGGAAAUCAAUGUAGUUGUCAAAGUAGACCUCUUCAAUGAUUUAAAUCGAUUUAGGCAGUCAUCAUGUGGAGUCAAAUUCUUUUGCACAACAUCUAUUCCAAAGUGCUAUAGAGCUGUAACAAUUCACGGAUUUGUAGAAGAACUUGUGGUCAAUGAAGACCCAGAGUAUCAGUGGAUUGAUCGAAUUCGCACACCAAGGGCGUCAAAUGAGGCCAGACAGAGGCUCAUUUCUUUAAUGUCAGGUGAACUGCAGAGGAAAAUUGGCUUGAAAGUCCUCGAAAUGAGAGGAAAUGCGGUUGUUGGGUACUUGCAGUGUUUUGAUCUGGAAGGUGAAUCUGGCCUAGUGGUGCGAGCCAUAGGAACAGCGUGCACGCUGGAUAAAUUAAGUAGCCCAGCAGCAUUCCUUCCUGCAUGUAAUUCCCCAUCCAAAGAAAUGAAGGAGAUUCCCUUCAAUGAAGAUCCCAACCCCAAUACUCACUCAUCAGGACCCUCAACCCCUCUGAAAAACCAAACUUAUUCCUUUUCACCUUCCAAGUCCUACAGUCGACAGUCCUCUUCUUCUGACACAGAUUUGAGUUUGACACCCAAAACUGCACCUUACCCACAGGGGCCUAGGAUUUACCUGUGUCCCAGCUCCCCCUCUCUCUCUUGUGGUUCCCUUCAUCUUAAAAAGUCCUGUCUCCUCCUGUCGGAAUCUAGCCUUUCCCCUCAUCAUUCUAGCCUUGUCAGCCCAGUUCUGAGGAAAAGUGUUUCUUUCAGUGAAGAGCUGUUCCUGGCUGCUUCUGGAAUGGGAAGUGGUAGUGCUGGAAAAGAAGGGGGGCCAUUUAAAGCUCUUUUAAGACAACAGACUCAGUCAGCAUUGGAACAGAGGGGAGGAUCGCCUCAUAGGUUCUGUAGAAGGCGGGAAUUUCCAUUUUUUACCUUGACGGCGUUUCCUCCUGGAUUUCUUGUGCAUGUUGGGGGUGUUGUUAGUGCACGUUCUGUGAAGCUUUUGGAUCGUAUCCACAAUCCUGCCUUUGUCGGAAUUAUGGGUAACACAAGAUCUUACAAACUGCUAGACUGGAAUAGUUUCAAUUCAGAUGAACCAGAAACUCGAGAUGCGUGGUGGGCAGAAAUCAGACAAGAAAUAAAAUCACAUGCUAAAGCAUUAGGCUGUCACGCUGUAGUGGGCUACAGUGAAUCAACUAGCAUCUGUGAAGAGGUCUGUAUUUUAUCUGCAUCCGGCACGGCAGCUGUCCUGAACCCUAGAUUUCUGCAGGAUGGCACUGUGGAGGGCUCUUUGGAACAGAGGUUGUCAUGGCAGCCUGGCUUAUUUUCCAUAAGGGCUGAGAAGGGAGAGAGACUAGAAGAAACUGUGCCUGCAGGCUGUGGAUUUUGCCAUAUACCAUAUGAUGAACUGAAUAUGCCAUUUCCAGCCCAUCUCACAUACUGCUAUAACUGCAGGAAACAAAAAGUUCCUGAUGUUCUGUUUACGACUAUAGACCUCCCAACAGAUGCAGCAGUUAUUGGAAAAGGCUGUCUAAUUCAAGCAAGAUUAUGUCGCUUAAAAAAGAAAGCACAGGCAGAAGCAAAUGCUACAGCUAUCAGUAAUCUACUGCCAUUUAUGGAAUAUGAAGUGCAUACUCAGCUAAUGAAUAAGCUGAAACUCAAAGGAAUGAACGCUUUAUUUGGAUUGAGAAUUCAGAUCACAGUGGGUGAAAAUAUGUUGAUGGGCUUAGCGUCGGCCACAGGUGUCUAUUUAGCAGCAUUACCAACUCCUGGUGGGAUUCAGAUUGCUGGGAAGACUCCUAACGAUGGCUCAUAUGAACAGCAUAUAUCUCACAUGCAAAAGAAGAUAAAUGACACGAUUGCUAAGAAUAAAGAGUUAUAUGAAAUCAAUCCUCCGGAGAUAUCUGAAGAAAUUAUAGGAUCACCCAUCCCAGAACCAAGACAACGCUCAAGACUUUUAAGAUCGCAGUCAGAAAGCUCUGAUGAAGUUACAGAAUUGGACCUUUCACAUGGGAAAAAAGAUGCUUUUGUUUUGGAGAUUGAUGACACAGAUGCUAUGGAAGAUGUACAUUCUCUGCUUACUGAUGUUCCUCCUCCUUCAGGAUUUUAUAGUUGCAAUACAGAAAUUAUGCCUGGCAUAAAUAAUUGGACAUCUGAAAUACAGAUGUUCACAUCAGUAAGAGUAAUCCGAUUAAGCAGCCUUAACCUGACUAAUCAGGCUCUUAAUAAGAACUUUAAUGACCUCUGUGAAAAUUUACUCAAGAGCCUGUAUUUUAAACUACGGUCUAUGAUCCCCUGCUGCCUUUGCCAUGUAAAUUUUACAGUAUCUCUGCCUGAAGAUGAAUUAAUUCAGGUUACAGUCACAGCAGUUGCGAUAACUUUUGACAAAAAUCAGGCUUUACAGACCACAAAAACACAUGUUGAAAAGUCGUUGCAAAGAGCCUCUACAGAUAAUGAAGAACUUCUGCAGUUUCCAUUGGAACUCUGUUCGGAUUCGCUUCCUUCUCAUCCUUUUCCACCAGCGAAAGAACACCUGGAGAGUGCAAGUUCUAACUCAUGUAUACCAGCUGCACAGAGAGCAACGUCAGUUGAUUACAGUUCCUUUGCAGACAGAUGCAGCAGCUGGAUAGAGCUCAUUAAACUGAAAGCUCAGACCAUAAGGCGCGGAUCAAUUAAGACAACUGUGACAGUUGAAAAAGCAAGUCCAAUGGGUGAAGGAAAUUUCCGGAAUCGUUCUCCACCUUGUGCAAAUUCUACAGUUGGGGUUGUUAAGAUGACUCCUCUUUCUUUCAUUCCUGGAGCAAAAAUAACUAAAUAUCUUGGGAUAAUUAACAUGUUUUUCAUUCGAGAAACCACUUCUCUACGUGAGGAAGGAGGGGUCAGUGGUUUUCUCCAUGCUUUUAUUGCUGAAGUGUUUGCAAUGGUGAGAGCUCAUGUUGCUGCAUUAGGAGGGAAUGCUGUUGUCUCCUACAUAAUGAAGCAGUGUGUCUUCAUGGAGAAUCCCAAUAAGAACCAGGCACAGUGUCUUAUAAAUGUAAGUGGUGACGCAGUGGUUUUCGUUCGUGAAUCUGAAUUAGAAGUGGUAUCAACUCAGCAACCUACUGCCAACUGCCAGUCAUCAUGUACUGGAGGAGAAGUUACAACCUGAAGUAGAUUAGAAAGAAAGAGCUCAACUAAAUGAAAUUCAUCUGUCUCCAUUGUUUUGUCAUUAAUCAUCUUACUAGACUUUUUAAAAAUUGAACUUGAUUUGAGAUAAUUAAGAAAGAUUGAUGUAUUAUGAGUAGAUUGAUGUGUCUGGAAUCCCUUGGAGGCAUGAGAAUUUUCUCCUUGACAAUUUGUUUGCCAAGCCUAGAUAGACGGGCCCUGUGGAAUCCUGACCCUUCAGAAAGUUAGGAUAAAUUUCUCAGAGAACUGUAGCAAAGAUGGAAGAUAUUUGUAAUUUAUGUUGAUUUUAUGAAAAUAGUAAUUUACAAAAUGAAAUGGAGAGAUCAUCAGGAAACUAGGGUGGCUACCCCGUGUAACUUAGAAAAGGUAAGCAACACAUUCACAAGGUUGUUAAUGAAUAAAUAGCCUGAUUUGAGGGAUGUGUGGAGAAAAGUUUUCAGAAAACUCUGGGUUUCUUAAUGUGUUUUAUUUUGAUGAGGAAUUUGAUCACAACUGAAAGGGGAUGGUGCUUCAGCCAUCUUUUAAAAAGAAGUUAAAAUUCUGCGGCUUGGACCCAUAGUAUGUCUUCGGUACUAUAAAACAAGACAUAAUUUAUCAAUGCCAGUGUCCUUUCAUUGAAAGUUUUAAUGUUAUCUCUAAGGAGGAAGGAAAAAUUACCAUAUAACUUCAUAACUGGUCAAAUUUCAGUUGGUGCUUACUUUGUCUUUAAGAGGCUUGGCUUCAACAGGGAAGACAAGGUCAGUGAAUUUUGUUGAAGUUGUUAAAAUAUAAUUGAUCUAGUAGGAACAUAAAAUUAUCUCCUAAUAAAAGUAUGAUGUAUUCCUACCAAAUAAACAGAAUUUUAGUAAUAUCUUAGGGACUUUUGAUGGUGAGUGAGACUGUAUUUGGCAUAGAAUUUGGAAAUGUAACUUGAAUGUAAAUGUGCUGCAAAAUGUUGAAUGUAUACAUAGAAACACUUUUUCUGUCCAUGCCAAAUACCUAUUAUGAAUGAACCUUAAAAAGUACAUCCCUCCUUUGCACAAUAAAAUUUCUUUAUAAAACUCA